AUGGCCGCGGCCAUGUUUUUUCCUAUUGCUGACAUCUGGCAAAAUCAAAAUGUAAUUUGUGCAAUAUGUAAUUUGAAUCCAGUAAAAUAUACUUGUCCACGAUGUAACAUUUCAUAUUGCUCUGUUGAUUGCUAUAAAAAUGAAAAACAUGUAGAAUGUUCGGAAAAUUUUUACCGGGAAAAUGUAAUGACUGAAUUAACCAGUACUACCGAUGAAGAAUCUAAACAAAAAAUGUAUGAAAUAUUAACACGAUUUCAAAACGAGCAAGAUACGAAUCUUUUAAAUAAUGAUAUAGAAAUGAACAGUGAUGAAAUGGAUUCAGAUGAUGAAGAUUGUAUGGAUUUAAGUGAGCGAUUAGAGAAUGUUGAUUUGAAUAAUCCAGAUGCAGUUUGGGAAAAAUUAAAUAAUGAUGAACGACAACAAUUUGAAGCAUUAGUAAAUAGUGGACAAAUUGCACAGUUUAUACCAAAUUGGACACCAUGGUGGUGUUUAAAAACGAUCACAGCUCCAAUACAGGAUUUGGAUCAACCAGAAGAUUUUAGUUAUGUAGAACAUUGUCCAAAAAUUAAGGAAGUUCCUGAUUUUAAUGUCAUUUCGAAUACCCCACCUUCAGAAUGUGUUCAAUUUAAUAUUGUAAAUGUACUGGCAUCAUUUGUAUAUACAAUGAAAACUUAUAAUGGCGAACAUUACGAUUAUAUCAAUGAAUCGGUUUAUCUGUUAAUAUUUUUGUCAAAUAACUUAAAAAAUGGUAAAAAUUAUGAAGAUCCAAACACUGCUAUGAAUGACAUCAUUGUUGAAGCUUCCCACUGUUUUUUAAUAGUAUUCGAUGAGCGUGAAUUCGAUGACAUGAAAGUGAAUUGUAAAACUUUAAUAAAAGGUCCAUCAAUAAAUGAUCAAACGUUUUACAUACAAGCAGCACUAUCUGAGAUCCACAAAAUGUUGGUUACAUUAAAACGUAAAAUCAACCAUAGACUGAAAUUGGCCAAAGAAGGUAAACGCAGUAUUGAACCAGAUGAUCCAGAAAUUGAGAUACCAAAAGAAAAAUUAAAUUUACAUAUUAAAAAAAUUGAAUAUUAUAUGUCGUACAUUAAAUCUUUCAAUUUACUGAUUAAUUUUUGAAUAUAUACAUUUUUUUUUUCUUUUUGAAAGAUUCGAUGAUAUUUUUAUAUGUCUAUUACUGUUCUUUUAGUUUUGAAAGCCUGUAAAAAACUAAGGGGCUGCAUACACGUAUCUAGCAGUAGCAAUAGUACAAAAAUAGUAACAGUCGUAAGAUCCCCUAAUCCCAGAGAUUUAUAAAAUACAUAUAGAUUCAUACUUUCAUAACGUACCAUAAUCUACUCUUAAUCAGAUUUAUAUCUUAUAAAUAUAGUCUUUGCUUUAAUAAAUCAGUUUAUUAUUAUCGUAAAUCGAUAUAUCGAGAUAUACAUUCUAAAAGUGAUUCCCUAAACUCAUUUUUAAUAAAAUACCAUGGUAAUGAUAAAUAAACAACUACAUCUAUAAUGGUUGGUGAAUAUUAUCAAUAGGGAAUAUUCAUGA